AUGGUUGUUCAGUUGGAGAUAUGGCUAGUUUUGUCUGUUCUUGUGGUUUCUAUACAUAAUCAGGUUCUUGGGAUUUCACAUAACCUGACAUGCAAUUCCAAUGACUUGAAAGGAUUACAAGGUAUUACCAAUGGAAUGGAAUCACCGAUUGAAGGAUGGUUUAGUUCUGGUAAUUUAUCUGAUUGCUGCAAAUGGGCUGGUGUAACAUGUAAUACAUCUUCAGGCAGGAUUGUGGAAUUACAGUUUUCAAAGAAAGGAUUAAUUGGUAAAUUAUCUGAUUCUUUUUCUUUUUUAGAUCAGUUAAAAAGCCUUAAUCUUUCACAUAAUUAUCUUAGAGGCCCUCUUCCUUUUUCAAUUUUUCACCUUGGUAAUUUGGAAGUGGUUGAUUUGAGUAGUAAUGCCUUUAAUGGGGUUUUACCAGUUAGUAUAAAUCUGCUUAAGCUUCAAGUUUUGAAUGUUUCUGAUAAUUACUUGAAUGGUGCACUUCCGUCUGGUUUAUGCGUUAACUCUACCCGAAUUCGUAUUCUUAGUUUUGCUGUUAAUUACCUCAAUGGGACUAUUCCACCUGAAUUCGGGAACUGUAGAUUUCUUGAACACUUAAGUUUGGCAUCUAAUUUCCAUUAUGGAGAAAUUCCGGGAUUCUUGUUUGGAUUACCAAGGUUGAGAGAAUUGGCUCUCCAGGAUAACAUGUUGACUAGUUUUCCUGGAAUUAGUAAUUCCUCUAGUCGUUUGGUUCGUUUGGAUGUUUCGUCCAAUAUGAUUUCAGGAAAGUUACCUGAUUUCUUUGGUAGCUUUCUGAAUUUAAAUUAUUUCAUAGCUCAUUCAAAUAAUCUAUCUGGCCGGAUACCUCUAUCGUUGUCAAAUUCGCCAACCCUUUCUUCUGUUAAUUUGAGAAAUAACUCUUUAGAUGGUUCGAUAGAUAUUAACUGUUUGGCUAUGGUUAAUCUUAGCUCACUUGAUCUGGGGAGUAAUAACUUUUUGGGUACAAUUCCUGCAAAUCUUGCAUCUUGUCGAAAGUUAAAAACUUUAAAUCUUGCAAGAAACAAACUCAGAGGCCAAAUCCCGGAAAGUUUCAAAAACUUUCAGUCUCUUUCGUACCUUUCACUUUCCAACUGCAGCUUCAAUAACCUCUCAUCCUCUCUAGAAAUCCUCCAGCACUGCCAUAAUCUAACUGUUUUGGUUCUCACCAUGAACUUUCAUAACGAACAGCUGCCAUCUGAUGAUGAUCUGCAGUUCAAAGCACUCAAAGCUCUCAUAAUUAGCAAUUGCAAGCUCACAGGUAGCAUUCCAUCUUGGCUAAAUGGUUUAACACAGUUGCAACUGUUGGAUUUGUCAUGGAACCUGUUGACUGGAUUGAUUCCACCCUAUUUUGGUGAUUUUAAGAAUUUGUUUUACUUGGACUUGUCCAACAAUUCAUUGUCGGGAGAGAUACCCAAGAAUCUAACUCAGUUACAGAGUUUAAUUUCAAGAGAUAUCUCAUUAGAAGAACCUUCACCAGAUUUCACAUUAUUUAGGAGGGAAAACAACAUUAGAGACAGAGGGUCUGCGUUGCAAUACAAUCAGAUCAUGCACUUUCUGCCAUCGAUUGAUCUCAGUAGCAACCUCUUUACUGGUCCAAUCUGGCCAGAGUUUGGCAACCUGAAUAAGUUGUAUGUUUUGGAUUUGAAACACAACAGAUUAUCGGGUCUGAUUCCCAGCUCUUUAUCGGGUAUGAGAAGCAUAGAGACUCUGGAUUUGUCAUAUAAUAGUUUAACAGGAAAAAUUCCUCCAUCUUUGGUGAAUCUAAGUUUUUUGUCGAAGUUUAGUGUAGCAUACAAUAAUCUAACGGGGAUUGUUCCUCUUGGAGGCCAAUUUGCAACCUUUCUCGACUCUAGCUUUAAAGGAAACCCUGGAUUAUGUGUUGCUUUAGCUGAGAACUGUCAGAAAAAUCAAGAACGUUGGCAACCUCCAGCAUCUGAGGAUGAAGAAUUCCCGAUACUCCAUAUGCUUGUAAUCACUGGCUUUGGAAGUGGUUUUCUUGCCACUGUCAUCUCAUUACUAGUUGUUCCAAGAAUUGCUAGACCUCUGUAAUGCCCAAAUACCAAUUGUCUCAAAAUACAUUUAUUAACGGGUCAUUAUAGUUUGUAUAUAAACAAGUUAGUAUUAUGUAUAUAGGGGCAUGUAUAUUAUGUAUAGUAGUAGGGAUAAAAGAGAGGCCCUGCAUUUGGAUUAUGAAGCAUUACAAUCUUCGUAACACUGCUUCAUACUCUAUAUAUAUGUAAUUAUGUAUAUGUCUACCGAACAUUAGUAUGUAGUAUUUUCGUCCACCAAUUCGAAGUAUUAUUGUUGUUUA